AUGGCGAGCGACCUCCAACAGCUGAAAGAGCGCGGCGCCGGUGGUGUAGAGCUUCAUAAUUACUUUGGCUCUCCAAAGGGAUAUCCUCCCACGGACUGGAACAUUUACGGAUAUGGUACCACUAAUUACGUAGACCUAUUCAAAGCUGCCAUGCAAGUCAGUUCAGAGAAUGAUAUGACUUUCGACUAUGCCAUGAACAACAAUGGAGCUGUUCCAGCUGAAUGGGAUAAUCCAGGACUUUCCUGGGCUUUGAAGUCAAGUAGCGUUACCAUCAAUGGCACUUUUACUGGAAAGAUACCAGGGUGGGGACAGUCAGACUUCCUUGCUGCUCAUACUUAUGCGAUUACUAGAGUCGAAACAGUAAAUACGCGCAUCACCACACCAUUUGGCCGAUACGGAAGUUAUACGAGGUCUACCAUCUCCAAUGACUCCCUUACAGAAGUCACAGAUCUAGUUGCGACAGACGGUACUAUAGACGUCAGUCCGGUCCCUGUAGCUGGAGCUGAGUCUUAUGUACUACAAGCGUGGUAUAUGUAUCAGCCCUUGGGCCGUGAGAUCAUCGCCAACAGCCACCCAUCGACUUUUCUCGGGAAUGGAAGCCUGUAUGCCGAUCAUUUCUCAGCGACUGGCGCAAAGGUCAUCACCGACUUUUUGGAAGAAUAUAUCUUCAUCGACGGUGCCAAGGAGCUGAUUCAGCAAGUAGGCCAUUAUUUAUGGGAAGACAGCGUCGAGAUUCCCGCACCCGUUUACUGGACGCCGGGCUUGGAGAAACAGUUCAAAGCACAGCACGGUUAUUCAAUUGUUCCCUUUCUUCCUCUAAUUCAAUCUAUUGGUGGAUAUCAGGCAAGCGCGCCAGGUCCGAGAAUAGUGGUUGAUGCUGCAGCGUUCAACAAGGGAGUCGUGGGUGACUUCUUGUCAACGCUGAAUGUCGGCCUCGGAAAUUAUUACAAUCAUCUGGUGAACUUUACCAACUCUCUUGGGCUCAAGUUUUCGGGUCAGAUUGGGUACAAUCUCCCCGUGGAUAUGUUGCGGGCAGUCCCCGUUGCUGACGUCCCCGAAACUGAAACUCUAUCUUUUGGCAACAACAUUGACGGUUUCCUCCAAUACUCGGGACCAGCCGACUUAGCCCGCAAACAAAUCAUCUCCAUCGAGUUAGGCGCUGACUACAAACUGUCAUUCUCGCAAACGUGGAGCAGACUAUUGCUUGACGCAACACGAGCCUUCAUUGGUGGCGUGAACCAGGUCAUUAUCCACGGUGCGACAUACUCGCAUAACUUCACUCAAACGACCUGGCCAGGCUAUACUACCCAUGGAUACGAUUAUCCUGAGCAUUCAAGACAUCAACCUAGUUGGGACGUCGGAUGCCCUGAAGCCUUAGCCUAUCUCGGCAGAGUUCAGUGGGUGCUACAGAGUGGGACGCCGAAGGUGGACGUGGUCUUUUGGGACAGACAAUCUCCACAAAGCGCAUUUCCGUUUGCGUUGUACCAACCAUCGGAUCUGCGGGUAGCUGGAUACACCUAUGAGUAUCUUUCCCCGGAUAAUUUCGCUCUCCCAGAAGCCAAUGUGGUCAAUGCCUCACUUGCCCCCACAGUACAGUCGUUCAGGGUCUUGGUCAUCCGUGGAAACAGUACUUUGACGCCCGAAGGCAUUGAAUAUGUGGCUCAUUAUGCCGAGGCAGGCUUGCCCAUCUUUAUCAGCGGAGCUCUGACUUACAGCUAUGACACCGCGAACAUGACAGCCAUCAACAACGCAAACGAGACGCUCAAAUCCCUUAUCGGUGCAUACAAUGUUCACCAGGUUCCGUACGAAGACCUAGCUUCGUCGAUCGCUUCAUUAGGCAUUGUUCCACGGUCGCGCAUUGAUACCAAUGGGACGUGGUAUACUAGAUGGCGAGAGCUAUCCAACGGCGAUGUCUACAUCUUUGUCUACAACGAAGGUGAUUAUAGCACAGGGACCAUUACUAUUGAGGCUUCAGGAUCGGCCUAUCUUUUGAAUGCCUGGACUGGCGGCGAGUCUCGCAUCGGGCAAUAUACUCGGGAAGGUAACAACAUGACCAUACCGCUAGCUCUGCACAAUCUAGAGACCGCCAUCAUCAAGCUCAACGCCAGCGAGCCACUGGACACAUAUAUCAUCGCCCGUACAGCAUCCAUUCUAGACUUGGACGUCGGUACUGAUUCCGUCAUAAGAACCAAAGUCGCUCAUUCCCAGUUAUCAUCAUCAUUGAUAUUGUCUUCUGGCGAGACUGUGAACCUCAGUGUUCCCGAAAUUGACGCAGCUUAUAGCAUCAAAAACUGGACAUUGGUAGUCGAGCAAUGGCUCGCUCCAGAUAAUUUAUAUGACUUGGACUUAGAUGCCAAGAAAGUGAACCUCACUAUUAACAUUGAGGGCACGGUGCUUUCGUCUUGGAACGACCUCGGAGCGACAAACAUGUCCGGCAUCGGAUACUAUAGCGCAAAUUUUGAAUGGCCCAGUGUCACUGGGCUAGAGUAUGGGGCUUAUCUUUCCCUUCCAGCAGUGGAACAAGGUCUUACCGGUGCCUUGAACGGGAAACCGUUGCCGGCAUUCGACAUCACAAAUCCGCAUCUUGACAUGUCACCAUUUCUUGUUGUUGGAACGAAUUCAUUGACUCUGAGAGUGGCAUCGACGGCAUGGAAUAGCGCUCGGACGUACUGGGACCAGAUCAAGACUGGUGGUAAAGGACCUUCUCAUGGUCUUGAUACGCUUCCUGAUAUGCAAGAUUGUGGGAUUGUCGGCGAGGUCGUAAUCACACCCUAUGUUGUCCUCCAGAUAAAUUAA